AUGAAGAAAGAGAUACGAGCUCUUGAAGAAAAUGACACAUGGACCCUAGUUGAUCUUUCGAAUGGAAAACGUGUUGUCGAUUCAAAAUGGGUUUAUAAAAUAAAAUAUAAAUCAAAUGGAGAGGUGGAGCGGUUCAAAGCUCAUCUCUUUGCAAAGGGGUUUACACAAAUGGAGGGGGUUGAUUACCACGACACGUUCGCCCCGGUCACAAAGUUGGUUACUGUUAGAACACUUCUGGUCGUAGCUGUUAAGAAAAGAUGGAUCAUUAACCAACUAGAUGUCAAUAAUGCCUUUCUGCAUGGGGAUCUAAACGAAGAAGUUUACAUGAAGUUGCCACAAGUGCAAAACAAAUUACUCCCUUUUCAUCUUCAAGAAGGAUGCGUGUUUCGUGGCAGCACUAUCUAUGUGGACGAUGUCAUCAUGGUAGGGAAUGACGUAAAAAAAAUACAACAUACUAAAGAGGAACUUGACAAAUGUUUUUGCAUCAAAGAUUUAGGCGCUCUAAAAUACUUUCUUGGUAUAGAAGUUGCUCGUACUCCUGAAGGCCUCGUUCUAAGCCAAAGAAAGUAUAUUCUGGAUAUCCUUGAAGAUUGUGGGCAUCAAGGGUGUAAACCAAGCCCGUUCCCUUUCGAGCAGAAUUUGAUAUUAGAUAAAAAGGAUGAAGAAUCCAAAGUUGAUGCUAGUCGAUACCACUACUUGGUAGGCCGUCUCCUCUACUUACAAGCCACUAGACCCGACAUUGCUUAUUCGGUAAAUGUGCUAAGCCAAUUUACGGCUGAUCCGAGACAAAGUCACAUGGAUGCAGCACACCAAGUGUUACGGUAUCUAAAGGGAACAGCUGGGCAAGGAAUUCUUUUACCUCGAGAUGGUGGUUGUAAUCUCACCGCAUACUGCGACUCUAAUUGGCUUGGCUGCCUUAUUACCAGAAGAUCUAGAACGGGAUACCUUCUCCUUCUUAGAGGAGCACCCAUUUCAUGGAAGACAAAGAAACAAAAUGUGGUAUCACGUUCCUCUGCCGAAGCAGAAUACAGGUCCAUGGCCUCCACGAUGAGUGAAAUUUUAUGGAUGCGGUGGCUUCACAAGGGGCUAAACAUCGACUUCACUAAACCAACUCCUCUUUUUUGUGACAAUCAGGCGGCCAGACACAUCGCUAAUAACCCUGUUUUCCAUGAACGAACCAAGCAUGUAGAGAUGGAUUGCUAUUUCGUUCGGGAGAAAGUUGAGUCUCAAGAAGUAUAG